GGCACAUCGACGAGGGCGAGGAGGGGCGAGGACGAGGCUCUGGCUGUGACGCUGGCUGGCCUGCGGGAGCCCGCUUGGAUCAGAUCACCGGACGAGGCUGGUGCUGGUGCUGGUGCUGGCGCUGCUGCCGAUCUCGCCGAUCGGAUUGUGCCAGAUUUGUGCUCGCGUCGGCUUCUGCGUUUCGGGUGAUGGUGGUGUCGAUGACUCUGCGCAGGUCGUCGUUCGGUUAAGUCGUCGUUGAAGGUUAGCGCGGUCGAUAGGUUUCAGCCAAGGCAGCCGAAGAGACGAGGAGGAAGAGGAGGUCGAGGAGUUCGAGGAGGGAGAGAGGGAGGAGGUGACGAGGAAGAGGGCUGGACAAGAAGGGCUGAGAGGCUGUGGAAAGAUUGAUCAGGUCGAGAGAAUUUGGAAGGGUGCGGGUGCAGGUGAGGUGAGGUGAGGUCACGUGAGUGAGUGCGGGCGAUGGAGGCUUGGAUGGAUAGUUCUGCGGCCAGAGCCGGGAAUAAUGAGGAGGGCGGGGAUGGUGGUGGUGGUGGUGGAGCAGGAGGAGGAGGAGCGGGAGGGAAUGGGCGGAUGAAGGACGAGGAAUUGCGUCAUUUUAGGAUCGGCAUUGAUGUGAGGAGUUUCAAGGCAAAUCUGCGGCUUCAAAUGCGAGCUGUGAAUGUCUACGUGCGUGUGCUUAUGCCUCAGCAGCUUGUGAACCUUGGUCUUGCGUCUCCCUUGACGGGGAAUGUUUCGAAGUUGACGACUCCCCAUCGAACUCAUCCUCCAGUCGCCGUGCAGAGGGGCACCGAAGUGACCAUUCCAAACGGCUAUGUUGCGUUGGAGCUUCCUGCAUACGUCGGGAAUAUGGCUUCUGCUUUGGCACAAAAGCCUCAACUGGUCGCACAAGUUCUUCACUCCGACAGAUUCACCACGGAUAGCCUUCUUGGCACAGCGUCGAUACCACUCGUGCAACUGAUGCACAAACCAUAUAUCGAUGGAUUUGCUCCAGUUUUCAGUCAGACUUCUAGCAAUCUUGGCAGCGAAGGCGACCAGUGUGUUGUCGGAGCUUUGCGUGUGGUGUUAUCGAUGGAGGACCUUGGUCCUGUCCGCGGAGUCCAGGACAAAUUUCAAAAACCAGCCAAGUACUCGAACUCGCAUGUGCACAAGUCGGCCUCUGUCGGGACGUUCGAUAACUUUUUUGAGGGUUUAAAAUCGGAGUAUAGUUAUGGUGCCAGAGGACCAUCUCGGGACGUCAUGAAGGAUGUGCAAAAUCAGGAUGUGGAUAUCGGGGACUCUGGUAACGCUCUUAACCGCGACAAAAAGAGAUCGAUUCACGAAGAGCAGUUGAAAGACGGUCAGGAGCGUGUUCAAAUGGACAAUCCCAAUGACGAUCCCACCAUAUCAUCAACUCUAGCCUCAGACUUGCAGAGACACCCUGCCUAUGAGUUGGCGUGGGAAUUCGAAAUGUGGAGGCGCACAGAGGAAGCUAAGUGGCGCCAAGACCUGCAAGAGAAGGAAGCGAAAGCUUUAUCCACACUUGAGAGGAACUGGUUGAAGAAAGAGAACGAGAUGGUUUACCAGAUUCAAAAGAUUCAAGAGGAGAACAUUGGUCUGGAACAAAAGCUACGGGUCAAAUCUAUGCAGCUGGAGAAGAGGGAGAAAGCUCUCGUUAUGGCAGAGGAGCAUUUUUCUUUGAGGAGGGAAGCUCUAGAAAGGAAUCUUGCUCAGCACAACACAGAUGCCCAGGUGGCCGUAAAGAGGAUUCAGGCCGAAUGUGAGCAUAGAUUGGAGCUUGGACAACUCAAGUACGCUGCUUUAGAGGACCAGUACAAGGCUUUGGACAAACGCUUUGCUUCCACAAAUUCCUCCCUUGUAACUCUUGAGCGGCAGUUUUCAGAACUCAAAGCAGCUUAUAGAAAUACAUCGGAAGCGUGCCUAUCUGCGAAAGUUGUGUCGCUACAGCAACAGUGCUUUGACCUUCAACAAAAGUUGGAGGCUCUUAUGGUUACUCGCAGCAAGUACAAAGAGCAGGUUUUAAGAAUGGCCAAGGAGCUGGCCAGUUUACAGCAUCUGAGGCUACGCGAAGAAGCGAAGCGGUCGGAGGAUCAGAUCCAUAGUGAGGACGUACGCUGUAUGGCAGCCAUGGCGGAGGCACAUGCGAAGAGGGCACAGGAGGAAAGACUAGAAAUUCGUCAGUUGAAAGAACAGCUUGAGAGUCUUGAACUGAGAGGGAUAUCAGGAGAACUGGGGACUCAACCACAGAAGAAGGUCGACUUUGUUUUUGAUUUGCCACCUGUGGAGCUCAAGAAAGAAGACGUAGAGGAGAGGAGAAACCAGGAACUUGAAGUGGAUUUGCCCUCAAAGGAAGCCGCAACAGCCAAUCAUUCCGGGCAGGAGCAACAGAAGGAUCUUGUGGAGACGAAUGCGAUAGAGGACUCUUUGGACGAGUUGUUAUCUGAAGAAGCUUCGGACCUGUCUAUCCAAGAUCAAGAGCAUGACGAUACCUGUAACAUAGAUGUACCAAUGAACGCAUCCGAAGCCCAGAAAUUAUCAGUGCACAAGCUCAAUUUGCUGUCCUCGGGUCUGUAUACAGUUAGUGAUCCUUUAAUUCUAGGUCUUGAUCACGAAAUCUCAAAAUUGAGAUCUGGUACAGAGACCCACAGUUCUGCAACGUUUUUGUAAUUAUUAACGAUAUUUACUAACCACUAGUAUAUACACUUUGUAUAGAUUAGGUUUCCUGCAUAUCAUGGUCCUCAGCUCCAACAGGCUCAUUCCAAUUAGUUCGGUGUCUGCAAAGUGUUGAAGGUCUUUGUCAUUUGAUUCAACCUCUUGGGUACGCACACACAUACGUAGGUUUAGCUGUACUAAUGUACCAUACCUUGGGGACUUCAUCAUCUCUGCUUUGGUGUAUGACGGACACCGAAAUCCGCAGAAAUAAGUGUAGCCUGAUUUAGAGUAGGCGAUGGCUACAUGCGUCAGGUCAAGGAGCUGGACGUUUGAGGCAUUCGGGGUUCUUAAUGGAAGUUAGGUAUUACUAGGACGAGUGAGGAAUGGCACAGCAGUUUACCAGUUGAAGGAACGAAGGAGCUUCGAGUGUUCUAAUUUUAGACGAUGGCUAUCUAGUCGGUGAGCGGAUGAUCGACAUUUGUGUCAGUCGUGUGUUGUCGGGCUGAUAUUAGGUUAGGGUAGGGACUUCCAGGUUAGGAUGCAGGUCAUGGGUGGAACUGAAUGCGAUGAGGGGCAAGCAUUCCCAGCGGUGUCGAUUUGAGCUUCGUGUUCUGUUUUUGUGAUUCCAGCGUUGGUGCAGUUGCCAACCGUCUCACUUGAAGCUGUAACAAUUUGAAUGCCAGAGCUCAUAUAUUUUUUUAAUCAUAUUUCUGCAUCUCUCUCUGAGGGCGUGAUCAGCAAAGAGUUGUCC